GACAACACGUCUGCCUGAGCUUCCCACGUCUGCCUGGUUGAGUCGCACGACAUGAGCAGAAUUUCGGCACAAGCACAAGGUGCGUUCGACGCCACGCCUUUUGGACCAUGGCAAGCCCGUGUUUCGCGUAUGGAGCUGGAACUCCAGGAACAAUCAUUCCGUUGCCAAAAGCUCCUACACAAAAGGCUGAGUUGCACACGGCUGACCGAGUCAACACUUCCACUGCUGCAGCUGUCACAUCUGUGACUCUCCUUGCACUUCGUAGUCGUAAACAUGCGAGAAGAGCCUCACGGACUUCAAAGACCUCUCUUCAGGUGGUGGGCCCGGCGGUGGCAGCUGCCGCCGCAGCAGCCAAAGUGGCAGCUGCAGGGAAGCUAGCAGCGGCAGGGGCAGCCGGCGCAAGUGUGGCUGCCGGCAUUCGAACCUUGAACAAGGAAAGACCUGAGCAGCACAAGAGUGGCCGGCGCCCGAAGAUGGUAGUUCUGGGGACCGGCUGGGGCUCGGUCACGUUUCUUCAAGGCUUGUCUGAUGAUAUUGCGAAAUACUACGACAUCACAGUAGUGUCACCUCGCAACUUCUUUUUGUACACACCCCUGCUGCCAGCAAGUACGAUGGGAUCAAUUGAAGAAAGGUCGAUUGUCACGCCCAUUCGGCGCGUGCUCAAAGACAAGGCUGACUUUUUAGAAGCCAAAUGCGAAGAGAUUGAUGUGAGGAACAAGAAGUUAAAGUGUACCCGUGCGGGGACACCUGACAAUUCAGCGGAUAUCGACUACGAACACUUCCCACAGGAAGAAGUGGAGGGGAAGAUCACCUUUGACGUUGAUUAUGAUGUGCUGAUCUACGGCAUUGGUGCCCAGACCAAUGAUUUCAACACUCCAGGAGUCCAAGAGCAUGCUUUCUUUUUCAAGGAACUCACGGAUGCUCGGAAGGUGCGGGACAAAGUCACCGACCUUUUUGAGAGGGCUUCUUUACCAAAUGCAACCGAAAAGCAGAAGAAGAGGUGGCUGAGCUUCGUGGUGGUGGGCGGUGGACCCACAGGUGUGGAGGUUGCCGCAGACAUGGCCGAUUUCCUCGCAGGGGAUGCCACUGAUUUGUACCCGAAGCUCAUGGAGUACGUCAAUGUGAAGCUUGUCAACACAGGUGACUAUUUGUUGUCCACCUAUGACCGUGGAAUCUCCGAGAAGUGUGUCGAGGUCUUCGAAGAGAAAGGCGUGGAGGUCUUGGCUGGCUACCGGGUCACAGAGAUUACCAAGAAGGAGAUUAAGAUGAGGCAAAAGUCAGGAGAAGAAAUGGCUUUGCCAUAUGGAUGCGUGGUUUGGGCAGCUGGCAUCAAGCAGAAUGAGCUAACAAUGGACCUCAAGAAGUCCUUGCUGGACUUGAAUGAGGGCGUGUCGGAAGGCAAUACGGCCAUUUUGAAGACCCCCGCCAACGGUAUCAUCACGGACGACUGGCUGCAGGUCCGAGGCAGCGGCGGAUCCAUAUACGCCUUGGGAGAUGCAGCGAGUGUGAGGCACGAGCGAACCUCACCCUACUCAGAGCAGCUCUUCACAGCAGCAGACCUGGACAACUCCGGAGAUCUCACCUUGACCGAGUUGAGGGAUCUCUUUCAGGGGGCAUCGGACGAAUUCCCCCAGCUGGAGGAAUAUGCGCAGUACCUUUCAGCCGUGGUUGACGAGGAGUCCAACCCGAGGAUAAAUGCUAUCGCGAAGGUAUUUGGCGAAGCUCUCGAACGUGAGAGACAGGCCUGGAAGAAGGCCAAGGCAUUAGUGUCUCAAAGGGCAUCGGAUCGAACCAGAAGAAAAGGCGUGGAGAAUGUGGAGAAGGAUUUUGCUGAGGCAGACCAAAAUGCCAACAGGCUGUUCGACCUCGAGGAGUUCAAAGGCCUUCUGGAGCGGAUUGAUGCAAACCUCCAACCUUUCCCUCCCACCGCACAAGUUGCAGCACAGCAAGGCAAGUACCUCAGCUCCCUCUUCAACCAAGCCAUUCUGGAUGGAGACAUCGACAGCUUCACUGAAGUGGCCACGGCCAGUGGACCCUUCACAUACUUCCACAAGGGGUCCUUGGCCUACCUGGGAGGCGGUUCCGCGGCCUUCGACCUGCCGGUCAUCGGCCCGAUCACCGGCCCAGCGGCUGGGGUGGCAUGGAAGCUCUACGAGACAUCGGCUCAGCUCAGCUGGAAGAACCGUGCCUUGGUAGGCUUGGAUUGGCUCCGUGGAGAGGUCUUUGGCAGGGACACCUCACGCAUUGCUUGAGGCAUGCUGCCUUCUGCCUCGCAGAUUCCUGGGAUCUACCAGGUGGUUUCGCCAUGUUUCGCCCCAUCAAGCAGGUGCUGGAUACGGUGCCGGCUUCUAAGCAUUUGAGCCACAUUGCAUAUUUGUAAUGAUUGUUUAAAGAAAUAAAACACCCUGAGCCAACCAGCCGAGAGAAGCUGCGUGAAGAUG